UUGUGCAUGAGAAGAGCAAAUAUAUGUGUCCUUAAGUUUGGUGUGUUAGCUCAUCCUCUCACACCUUUCCCCCCCCUCACUUCAUCUCCUUCUCAUUCCCACCACCCCUCUUCCUCUCUCUCUCCACUCUCUACUCCUUACACUUCUCCUUCAUGGAGUUGUCGUCGACAUCCUCGACGGCCUCUGGCCGCAAACCGCGAUACCGCAUCGAGACCAAGUCGCUGUCCUACGACCUCCCCUCGAAUUUCGGCUUCUUCGGUGCCGCCGCCACCGCCCCUCGGCCCGUACUGAAGAAUGUCACGUGCGAGGCCCCGCCGGGGGAGCUCGUGGCGAUCGUUGGCCCCAGCGGUGCCGGCAAGACAACACUGCUCUCCAUUCUCGCUGGGGCAAUUCCCCCGUGCAGAGUCCGUGGCGCCGUCCUCAUCAACGGCCGGCCGAUGGACGUGUCACGGUUCCGCCGUGUGUCCGGGCACGUCACGCAGGAUGACGCCCUCUUCCCGCUGCUCACCGUGGAGGAAUCCUUGCUGUAUAGCGCGCGGUUGCGGCUCCGUGGCACCGCCGAGGAUUCGGCGGCCCAGGCCCGAGACUUGAUCAAGCAGCUGGGGCUCAAUCACGUGGCUUCCUCCCGGGUGGGCCGUGCCGGUAUGGUUGGCGCCAUAUCGGGCGGCGAGAGGCGGCGCGUUUCGAUCGGCGUAGACCUCGUCCACGACCCGGCGGUUCUCCUCCUCGACGAGCCGACGUCGGGGCUCGACUCCGCCUCGGCGCUCCACAUCCUCACCAUACUCAAAUCCAUGGCCACACUCCACACCAAAACAAUCAUACUCACAAUCCACCAACCCGGCUUCAGAAUCCUCGAGCUCAUAGACCGAGUCAUACUGAUCUCCAACGGCUCCGCGGUGCACCAGGGUCCAGUGCACCAGCUCGAGGCACGGCUCACGGACGCGGGCCACUGCAUCCCCCUCCACGUAAACGUGUUGGAAUACGCCAUGGACGUAAUGGACUCUCUCAUAGUGCAACCACCCACAACGCCCCACGAAGAGGUCGUAGCUGCUAACACCGCAGCCACCGUUAACAACGACCGCAUAUUCUACGCGAACUCUCUAUGCGGGGAGGUGUAUAUACUCACCGAGAGGUUCUUUAAGAACGUACUGAGAACGAAGGAGCUCUUCGCGUCCAAAAUGAUCCAAUCCAUCGUGGCCGGGGUCGGGCUCGGGACUGUGUUCAUGAACGUGAGCAAUUUGCAAGCCCGAGUCGGGUUCUUUGCAUUUAGCCUCACGUUUUUACUCACCUCGACGACGGAGGGUCUCCCUAUAUUCCUACAUGAGAGGAGAAUACUACAAAGAGAGACCGCCCGAGGAGCAUACAGGGUCUCUUCCUACGUCAUAGCCAACGCCAUCGUUUUCGUUCCGUUCCUCCUCGCGGCGGCAACGCUCUACGCGCUCCCCGUGUACUGGCUUGUCGGUCUGCGGAGAGAGAUGGACCGGUUUCUAUACUUCUCGCUGGUGGUCUGGCUCGUGAUGCUCACGGCGAACGCGUUCGUCGCGUGCUUCAGCGCGCUGGUGCCGAACUUCAUCAUGGGGAACUCGGUGAUCGCGGGGCUCAUGGGCUCCUUCUUCCUCUUCUCCGGCUACUUCAUUGCGAAGGGGAGCAUACCCAGGUACUGGAUUUUCAUGCACUACUUGAGCUUGUUCAAGUACCCGUUCGAGGCCUUCGUGGUGAAUGAGUAUGGAGGAGGGAGCGGGGGGAGGGAGUGCUUGGACAUGGAGGUGGGGGGGUGUGUGCUUGAUGGGGUCAUGUUUCUCACGCAACAGGGGUUGGAGGAGUCCAAGAGGUGGAGUAACAUUGGGGUGAUGUUGGGGUUUGUGUUGGGCUAUAGGAUCCUCUGCUUCGUGUUCCUCUGGUUCAGGUGUUAUAGGAUGAGGAGAUAAAAACUAAGUGCCUAACUUGUGUGGUAUUUGUUUCUCACGAGCAUGUUUCCUAUUAAAUCGAUCUUUUAAAUCACGCGGUAUAUACCAGAGCUCGAUUUAUCUUUUCUGCGGAUGCGCGUGACGUACUUUGCGGAAUCUUCAUCGGGCAUACGGACCGAUGGUGUACGUCAAGACGAUUUCUGAACCAUUUCCUGUCGGAUCAAUCUUUCGAACUACUCACCUAAGAUUACGUACUGUUCUGAUUUAUAUCUUUUUUUUUCUGGUUUAUAUAUAGUUGAAUCUACAUUCUACCAACAACAUCUAGUGGGCUCUUCUUCUGAAGAUCCCUUCUGAGGCUCUGCUUAUAGUUACUGUUUUUCUUUUUCUUUCUUUUUUUCCCUCUCUCUUCUAAUGUUUUAAAUUGCUUGUAUCUUUGUAGACGCUGUUACAGUGAGAAUAAAUAACAUAUUUUACUCUUUUUUUCCCCUUUAUCAA